AUGUCGGACAUACUUUGUCGAUGGCUGAAUUCAGAACUCCGGUUAUCUAAAGUCGUCGACCCUUGCUCGAUCACUAGAGAUUUUGCAAAUGGAUAUCUGAUUGGUGAGAUUCUGAACAAGUACCAACUCCAGGAUGACUUCGACCAGUUCUCCAAAAGCAGCACGGCUAAUGCAAAGCUGAAUAACUUCACACGGAUUGAGCCCACGUUGCAGCUGUUGGGAAUACCGUUUGACGUGGGCACCGCGCGUGCUUUGAUACAGGGCGAGCAGGGCGCCGCCACGCGGCUGCUCUAUCAGCUCUUCGUUACCCUGCAGAGGAAGAAAAGGUCCGGCCUCACUGGAACCGCAAUGCUAACCAUGCUGCCGGCCGCUACUGCCCGUCUGCACCGCUUAGAGAAUGACAUUUACGCAGAGCAACUGAAAACCGUUGUGAAGCGUGAGGCAGAUUUGAAGAUGCAGAGGAUUGCUCAGAGGUUUGAUAAGAAAGGUCAGGAGACAUACAGCAGGUCCCUCAUGGUGGAACUACAGGAGGAGCAGAAACGGGAGAAGGUUUUUGAAGGAAUGAGACUAAAGGACAUAGACAAGCACCGGAAAGCACAGAGAAAGCAGCAUGAGCUCAUGGCCCGUAUUCAGUCGGCAGUGGUCCAAAUCCCCAAACCUCCUCCAAAUCAGACCACCAGAGCUCUGGAGAAACACCAGCAGAUCCACAAACAACAGGAAGCUAAGAGUGUGCGUCAGGAGAUUGCCCAGUUUGAGAAGACCAGAAAGAGGCUCUCACCUGCAGGCUGUGGAGCUUCUGCAUUUGGUAGUUUCUCUCCCCAUACACUGAAUGCUGAGGAGUUAGCUCAUGCUAACAGCGCGUACAUCCAGAGAAUCCGUCAGCGUCUGGAGGAGGACACGGCUGCACGAGAGCACAGAGAGAAGCGGCGACGACACACACUCAUAGAGCAGCUACGUGCACACGAGGCUCAGGAGGAGAAUUUGCGGGAGGAGCAGCUCGUGGAGCGUUUGACGCGGCUGUCCCAGCAGGAGCGGAAGAUCGCUGCCCAGCUCCUGCAGGUCCGACAACAGAAGGAAGUUCUGAGGCAAAAUCGGAUUGUCCGUGAAGAACAGUACCGGGAACAGCGACUGAAAAAUUUCCAUGAGGCUUUAGAGCGCGAGGCAGCGUUAGCCCGGCAUGCAGAUCUGGAGCACGCAGAGGAGAGGCAAAGAGAACUGGAGUUACACAACAAAACAGCCGCUGAACGUGCCCUCCAGCGAUACAGGAAACACUCUGACAUCUGUAAGAACAUUCUGGAACAAAUCGUGGACCUGGCAACUAAAGCAGGGGAGUACCGGCUCCUCACGGACAAUCUUGUUCCUGUGAAGUUGAUGCGUGAGUGGAAGGAGUUGUUCUUCAGUGCGAAGCCCUUAUAUGCGAGACCAGCUUUGUCUUUUUCUAAUGGAGUCGCUCCAGAACAGGCUGAGGAACUGGAGAAACUGGAGAUCCUCAACAACCAGGACUAUGAGGAGUAUGUGUCCAUGACAGGGGAAUGGGAGUGGCCAGAGGAUGAAGAGAACACAACUCUCCCACUCAACAACAACAUCCUGGGUCAUGUGAUCAGUCGCCUGCAGGACCUGGUCAGCCCCCCCAAACCCUGCACUCCUCCACCCAAAUUCCCUCCUUUCACCCUCAGAGCCUGCGUGGUGGGAAAACUCUUCACUGGCAAAACUACCUGCCUGUCCAGAAUCGCUCAGGUCCGAGGCAUCCGCGUUCUCUCAGAUAAAGUUCUGCUCCAGGAGGCGCUGGCAGCGUAUGAGGCUGGGGAGAGGAGCGAGGAGGAGAGGAGUGAGGAGGAGAGGAGUGAGGAGGGGGAGAAGUGUGAGGAGCAUUGUGGGUUUCCUCUCAAAGACACAGAAUCUGCAGAGAAAGAGUCGGAAUCGUCUUCAUCCCUGCGUUCAGGUCUUGUCACACAGGAGAUGCUGCAGCCAGAAACAGUGAAACAAGGGCCCGUGGCUAAACUGUCUGUGCGUGCUGAGCGUGGAGCUGAAGUGGAGAGAAUUCUCCGGAAAGGAGAAGCUAUUCCUGAUGAACUGCUCAUUGACAUUGUUGUCGACGCUAUCAGGAGGCUCCCUGCUGGCGCGGGCUGGAUCUUGGACGGGUUUCCAGUGAGUGUGAGGCAGGCCAAGCUGCUGGAGAGGGCGCUGACUGGUACUGACCCUGAUAAAGCCCUUCAGAAGAGGCGGAGCUGCAGGUCAAGCCUGACCAUUAAUAGGCCAGUCCCGAGAGAGGCCACGCCUCCAGCGCCAGCAUUGGAUCUGAUUGUGUUUUUGGACAUGUCUGAUGAGCAAGUUCUGAAGCGAGCUGCCAAACACAACUAUGAAGAGAAGAUUUCUAAUCCGAAUGAGGAGGUGGUGAGUCCAGGGGCGCAGGUUCUCCCACCGUCAGACGUGAGCACAGAGAAACAACAGAUUCAGCACAGAAUCGCAGAGUUUCAGGACACUUGGCCCAAGCUGGAGAAGUGGCUGUCCAGCAGACAGGUUGUGUUGAAGAGGGUGUGGGCUGAGGUGGAGGAGGACGCCCUCUGCAGGACGGUUGAAGCCGUUCUCAGCGACGCCAUGACUACCACUGGCACAGAUAAGGCAGAAGACAACAGAGCUCAGAAUGCAGAGUCAGUGGAAGAGGAGGAGACGCACUGUAAACCAGUUAAGCCAGGAUCAGAAGCCACAGAUGGGGCUCUGGGUCAGUCCAGAAGGAUGUCUGUAUCAAAAGUCUCUGCUGGCACCUGCCCUCCUGAAGAAGCUCCCAUCUCCACACCAGGCUCUGCCAACUGGGCUUAUGUCAACGAGCCUCUGCCCAGGGAAAUCCCGGAAUAUCUAGUUCCACACUGGGAGAAUGUUUGUGACGCUUACGUUAGUAACACAAGGAGAGUCAUGCAGAAUUUACGCAGCGAGCGGGAUCUGAUCAUCCAGCAUCUUUAUAACAUCAGAGAGGACUUCAAGCAUUAUCUGAGGCGUCCGGACCUGAAGCAGGAGUUGGUGUGUCAAUGGCAGCAGGACUAUAACAGCCUUCCCCAGGACAUGAGAGAGGAUGAGGAGGCCAAAGCUGAGCUUCAUCAGCGGCUGGAUGAGCUGCGUGAGCGUCUGUGGGAUAUCUGUGAGAGGAGAAGAGAGGAGGGCAGACAGGAGAGAACUGCACUAACAGGAGACGGCUGGUUAGAGGACCACACCCACAUUCUAAUCAACCACUUCUCUACUCUCAUUCAGGUGGAGGUGGAUCGGUUCCAGGAUACUGUGUGUGUUUUGAGAGAUUAUUAUUAUGGGAUGUAUAAAACUGUGCUGGCUGAAAACCCGACAGAGUUUCCUUGUCUUCCAUUACUGGACCUCACAGAGGACAGCAACCACCAGCACAAACUGAACAGUAAUCUGUCUGCUCCCCUCAGGAUCCCACUGAUACAGAGACGACCUCCGUCCACUGAGGUGGGUAAGCAGAGAAGUGUUUUACACACUGAGGACAGAGUGCUCCUAGACAUCCACCAGACUGCUCUUAACCUCAUCACCAACAUGGUGUCAGCAGAAGCUCAGCGGAGAGAAGCAGAGGAGAAUGAGGAGGCUCAGAUGGAGAGGGAGCGUUUGCAGAGAGUCUCUCAGGCCUCCGCUCCUCCCCCCAACUCCGCCAAGGACAAGAAAAAGUCUGGUAAAAAGAAAGGGGCGCUCUCUCCGGCUCCAGAGCCCAGUCCUGCUCCUUCACUGGAUGAGGACUUGGAGGACGUGAAGAAGAGAAAUAUAAGAGGAAGAAUCAGACAGGAAUUUGCUGCGGCUCUCCAGCAUGAGGAGGCUGCUAUGAAGCAGCGUUUGAACCUCAUUAAGAAGUAUGGAUUGAGGACAGUGCAGAGUGUGCAGCAGAGAGCUGAUGACGCCUACAGCAGGAUGGAGGACUGGCUGGACAGGCAGUACCUGGCAGAGAUGAAGAGUAUAGAGCAGAUGGUGGAGGUAGUGCAGUGUCAUAUUGAGAAAGGGCUGCAGCUCAGACUGGAGUUGGUCCUGGUGUGUAGCGAUUUCUUCAUGGAUGGAGACACACGCAUGGUUCCCAGUCCCCGCCCUCCUCCUCCUCCACCUCCCUUAGAGACGCCCACAGAGAGCACUCUCACCAUCGCCCAGCUGGGGGCGCUCUACUCACAGCUGUACAAGGUCUCCCCCUCUGGUGUUGUUAGCAGCACAGGCCUAUGUGAGAUUCUGAAGGAGUUGAUGUGUGUGAGUCUGGGCUCUGAUGCCCUUCCUGAGGCCUGGAAAACCAUGUCUGACUCACAGGUGCAGGAGCUGGCGUCAUUGCUGGCUGGAGACAGCGGGGUGCUGGACUGGCGUCGGUUCCUGCUGAGCGCGGCUCUGCCAUGGCCCAUUCCCUCAGUCACUCAGUUACUGCAAACUCUGGAACGAUUCAGAGCCAACGACCCCCAAAACACUGGAUUUAUUACUGAGGACCACUACCUACAGACGGAGUUGUGGUUUCCAGCUGAGAGAGUUCUUCUGGUCCCGGAUGAGCCCAUAAAUCUGCUGCCUUAUGACAGACUGGCCAACCUGAGAAAGUUUUUUUUCCUGCUGUUUGCCGACCACUCCUCUGUUCCUCCUAAACUGGACUACGUGAGGAUGCUCCUGUAUUUGUGCUCACACCAAGAGCCCAAACAGGGCUUCAUACGAGCCCUCAGCCUGCUGACGGGACAGGCCUUACACACACACACAACCAGCCCACUGCUACAGUCUGUAUCAUGCAUUGAGGAUCAGGCAGAGGGCAUAGAUGAAGAUGAGGAUGAAGACGAAGAUGCAGAUGCAGUAAAGGCCAUUAGUGAUGCUACAGAGGGUGUGUGUCUGGACGCUCUACUCACAGUCAUCAGUCAUGCUUCCACCAAAUUCCAUGAUCAAAACCGUUUCCACGCCAGCGGCAGUGGCAGCAGAGAGGAUUUGGUGAGAAUGUUUGGUGAGCUGGGCUUUAAGCCAGAUGACAAAAUCCCCUUCUCACUUCUAUACCAGUAUCCCCUGCUACAAGACCUAAUGGACCAGUCCACCCAGUACCAGCUCACUUUUAGAAACUCGUCCUUCUUUUGA